AUGUUGAUACUGUUGCAGUUGUUAAUGUUGAUACUGUUGCAGUGGAAUGGUAUGCUGCGACGCUUCCGCACUGCGAUUCCGGUGGAGCACUGCAAUUCAUUCAUCAGAAAAUCAAUGGACUCACGUCCCGUGAAGCAAUCGUCAAAGACAAAUUGUUCGAAGCUUUUGGCCAUUUACCUGGAAAUGGGACUGUUCUACACUGUUCAAUGUUCAAAUGAGCCGUUCAAAGAAUCUGAGCUGUACAGAUUUUCCGUAGAGCGCAGUGCCUCGACAACAGUACUAGUUCGACGUGCGGCCUCAUUUAACGAGCAAUACAAAUCAGCUCACAAAUCAGAUGUACCUGAGUUAGCCGCAACGGCUGAAAAUAAGGAAAGUGAGGAAAGGCUGAAAGUGAACAACAGCGCGACAGCUAGUGAAUCUUUGCAGACGCAAAACCCAGAGGACCUUCAGGGUGUCAACUCGAAGCGGAGCAGUUCUCAAACGUUACAGUAUGACAACGAGAAUGCUCUACUGUCGCAGUAA